UGGUGGCCAUCCGGUUCUGGCGCCCUGGGUGGGGCGGGGCGAGGGGCGGGCUGGCCUGGCCCCGAACCUCCCCUGGCUGGCCGCGACUCCACCCGUGACAAGUUGCUGGGGGGAACACAAUGGCCGAAGCGGCGGAGGUAGCACUAAGUGAUGCGGACACUGAGGGUGGCCCGGCGGCGAGGCCCCGCAGUGGCGGUGUGUACGGCGCUGGGCUACUGGGCCCAGGUCUCUGGCUCCGCCAGUCUGGCCCAGCCGCCAGGGCCCCAGUCAGUCACGGUCCCAUCCCGUGGUCUCCCGCUCGCAGCCCCAGCCUGCAGCUUUGAGGUCCUCCGGGCGGCCCACCCAGCCCGGGUAGGCAGGAUGGCCCUUCCUGGCUCAGCGCCUCCAGGGCUGUUAUCUACGGGAGCAGAGCCCGUACGGGAUGCGGCCAGGCCGGGUGCGCUGCCAGUCCACGCACAAGGCGGUCUCCGAGAGAACCGAGUGCAGGAGAGUGAAGGGGACCAGGUCAUGCUGGAUAAUGAAAAGAAAACUGAGAAGGAGGAAUGGAAGCUAAAGCAGGAAAUUUCUGAAGAAACAGGAUCAGGACACCCUGUACAAAUACCCCAUGGAUCUAAAUUCUUAGGACCCAGUGAAAGUGAGAACAGCUUGGAGAGGCAACAGGUCUGGGAAGAUGUAACUAGAAAACAGAACGUAGAGGAGGAAAUGCUGCAAAGAGGCCACGCACAGGCUGGAAUUUCCCUGCCGUUUAAAUCGGCUUGGACGGCCCCUGGACCUACAACUGAACAGAAAAGCGAGGCACUCCAGCCGUUAAGCCAAAAGGCCCGCUCACACCGGCCCCGCUCCCCUGCCCGAGGACUGCGAUUCCCAGAGCCCUCCGCGACCGGAGAGGCCGCGACCGCGGGUGCGCAGGCGCACAGCUGGCCCCGCGGGUGGGCUGGAAGCGCGCUGCGGAGAAGUGGUCAGAUGGGAGCUCCGGGUCCUGCGAGAAAUUUGAGAAAGAGUGGAGGGGCCAUCUGGGAGGAAGCUGCCUCUUCAGUACCUCUGAGAGUAAUUGAAAACAGGGUGCCCUUGAAAGACUCCUGCUAGUAUGGGCCGUCUACAGAGCCAGUCCAGGCUAGGAUGGCUGGAUCACUAACAGCAGCUGAAACUCUGGCCCUUCAGGAUACACGGGAUCAAGAGAAGAUUAUGAUGAUGGAGCCAAAGGAAGAGGAACAGUCUUGGGAGUAUGAGACCAGGCUACAUGGGAACCACUCUCCCAGUCAGGAGAUCUUCCGCCAACGCUUCAGGCAGCUCUGCUACCAGGAGACUCCUGGUCCCCGGGAGGCCCUGAGCCGACUAAGGGUACUCUGCUGUGAGUGGCUAAGGCCCGAGAGGCACACCAAGGAGCAGAUCCUGGAGCUACUGGUGCUGGAACAAUUCCUGACCAUCCUACCGGAGAAGCUCCAGUCCUGGGUGCGGGGACAUCACCCUAAGAGUGGAGAGGAGGCUGUGACUGUGCUGGAGGAUUUAGAGAAAGGACUUGAUGAACCAGGACUGCAGGUCCCAGGCCCGGCACACGGACCUGCACAGGAAGAGCCGUGGGAGGAGAAGGAAGCUGUGGGAGCUGCCCAGAAGAAACCAAGCAUCCAGCUCCAGCCUAAGGAGACCCAGCCUUUCCCAGAGAGCGAACAGGUAUAUUUACAUUUUCCAUCAGUUGUUGCAGAAGAUGAUGCAGAGCCCAAGGACAAAGGGUCGUUGCCAGAACCACCCAUUACUGACGUGGAAUCACAGGUGCUCAGAGAAAAACUCACCACCAGCACCUCUACAUUUGAAGCUGCCUCUGAAGUUGAGGCCCCUUUAGAGCAGCAGCAGAGAAAUCUCAAGGGGGAAAGACUGAAGCAGUCCCCCGCUCAGGGGAAAAGCUUCAGGCAGAUGGUUGUCACCCUUAAGACAACUCCCACAGGGAAGAAAGACCAUGAAUGCAGUGAAUGUGGUAAAGCCUUCAUUUAUAACUCACACCUUAUAAUCCACCAGAGAAUCCAUUCUGGAGAGAAACCCUAUAAGUGCAGUGACUGUGGGAAAACUUUCAACCAGAGCUCAAACCUCAUUCAGCAUCAGAGAAUUCAUACAGGAGAGAAACCCUACGAAUGUCAUGUGUGUGGGAAGUCCUUCAGGUGGAGUGCUCAUCUUGUUCAACAUCAGAGGGUUCAUUCAGGGGAGAAGCCCUACGAGUGUAAUGAGUGUGGGAAGGCCUUCAGUCAAAGCUCAUAUCUAAGUCAGCAUCUGAGAAUCCACAGUGGAGAGAAACCUUUCCUAUGUAAAGAAUGUGGGAAGGCCUACAGAUGGAGUUCUGAGCUUAUCAGACAUCAGAGAGUUCAUGCCAGAAAAGAGCCUUCCCAAUGGACUGUGGGUGAGAAAGUCUCCAGGCAGAAUUGUACUUUUGUCUAAUCAGUUUUAGGACUAUAUUCCAUAAAAGUUAUAAGCACCUUAA